AUGCACGUCCGAAACUUUUCGCUCGCUUUUCUCUCGACUCUUGUUGCCUCGGGCGCUUGGUAUGCGUACAAGGGGACACAGCAACAGUCCUCGUUCUUGAAUGGCACCACCAAUCUUCAAUCGCGAGGAAUAGCGGAUACGACAACGGAGACGGCAACUGGGGAAGCCACCACUUCUACCCGCCGGGCUUUGCUAGUUGAGAACGAUCAGUUUUACACUGCGGUGCUGUCUGGUGAUCAGCCUAUUGCUAAACAAUCGGACGACUCAGAUAGGAGGGUACUCGAGAUGUUGACACCGGAGCAAGCCACGCAAAAGCUGCGUAAGAACGAUGAAUCCUAUCUAGUCAGCCGCGGACGAGGUGUUGUUCGAUAUGAUAUUACGCAAGUGCCGAGUAACUCGCCUAUUGAAGACGAUCAUGCAGAGAAGAUUGUCGAGGUUCCACUGGCUACAACGCAAGAUGGAUCCGCUAACAGUGACUGGAUGUUUUGGGGUGUGUUUGAUGGUCACUCUGGUUGGACGACAUCCGCCAAACUGCGAAACGUCCUCAUUUCCUAUGUCGCUCGCGAACUCAACACUACCUACAAGGCCGCGGCUACAGAUCCCUCGAUCAAGACCCCUUCACCGGAAGCUAUCGACAACGCGAUAAAACAAGGAUUCGUCCGCUUGGAUAAUGAUAUCGUUUAUGACAGUGUCGACAAGGUCAUGAAAUCCAAUUCCCGCCGUGUCGCCGCUGAAAUUCUAGCACCCGCUCUCUCUGGAUCAUGCGCAUUGCUCGCUUUCUACGACUCUCAAUCUCAGGACUUGCGUAUCGCAGUCGCUGGGGACUCACGAGCUGUCUUGGGUCGCCGCGGACCCAGCGGUAAAUGGGUCGCAACCGCCCUGUCAGAAGAUCAGACAGGUGGAACACCAUCCGAGAUUGAGCGUCUUCAAAAGGAACACCCUGGCGAACAAUACGUUGUGCGAAACGGCAGAAUUCUAGGACAACUCGAACCCAGUCGCUCAUUUGGCGACGCGUUCUACAAGUGGACGAGAGAAACACAGGACAAGAUUAAGAGCCGCUUCUUUGGACGUACACCUCAUCCGAUGCUCAAGACGCCUCCAUAUGUCACUGCCGAGCCCAUCAUUACCCGAACCAAGAUCGAUCCCAAGCAAGGCGACUUUGUUGUGCUAGCAACUGAUGGUUUGUGGGAGAUGUUGACCAACGAGGAAGUCGUGGGACUUGUAGGCCAGUGGCUCGAAACCCAACGCGUCGGAGAUAGUGGAAAUCGUUCGUGGUUGCAAGGUCUUUUCGGGUCUUCUGAGACCAAGCAACUGCCAGUCGAAAAAGCUACCGAAACGAAGACCGCGGGACAACGACCACCGAUUCGUCAACAGCAGUACGACAUUUCCGGAGCUGCGCAGCGAUUUGUGGUUGAAGAUAAGAAUGCCGCUACUCAUUUGGUGCGCAAUGCUAUGGGAGGAAAGGAUAGAGAUAUGGUGUCGGCUUUGUUGACGCUCCCCAGCCCAUACUCAAGACGCUAUCGGGACGAUAUUACCGUGGAAGUCAUCUUUUUCGGCGAAAGCGCGAAUGAUGGCAGCGUCACCAUCAACAAAGAAGCUACCGCAUCAGCCGAGUCAGCCAAACCAAAGCUAUGA